GGAACUUUGAACACAAGUGGUGGGUAGCGGCACAUCGGUUGGGACAGAGGAAUUUCAAGUCAUUUACUGUUAAGAGAAAAGCCUUGCAUACAACUUACAGCCAAAGCAACAAUGUCGUCAACAUCACAAAAACACAAGGACUUUGUGGCUGAGCCUAUGGGGGAGAAGCCAGUAUUUGCUCUUGCUGGUAUAGGUGAAGCCCUUGGCAAAAGAUUGGAGGAGAAAGGCUUUGACAAGGCUUAUGUGGUACUGGGCCAGUUCCUGGUGUUGAAGAAAGAUGAAGAGCUUUUUCGGGAAUGGCUGAAGGAUACGUGUGGCGCAAAUUCCAAACAGCAGGGAGACUGUUUUGGCUGCUUGAAGGAGUGGUGUGACUCCUUCCUGUAGAAAUACCAACUGUUUGUUGUCUCUUUGUGUCACUUACACACACGUGUGUGUGUGUAUAUAUAUACAUAUACUUGCAUUUAUGAAGAUGAGAGCUGAUGUAAACUUAGACUAUUUGAGUGAAGGUAGUAAUCUAACUGCAUCCUUGCUCUCAGACACAUCCCAUUAUGAGUCCACUCAAAUUUUUAUUCAUUAGGAUUAUUCAAAGGAUGCUUGUACCAUGUGCCUCUUUUUCAUAAUAUGAUGUGGAGGAGCAGGAAUGGUGUAUUUUACUCUUUUUUGUUGUUGUUGUUGUUGUUAUUGUUGUUUACAGGUUGGUUUGUCUUCUCAGUUUGUUUUUUGAGGUUCUUUUGUUGGGCUUUUGUGUACACCACUUGGAUGGUAGGCUCCUCACUUGGUUUAGUUUGACCUCAUUUAAGAGAACAGAAUUACUCAUAUAUUUAGAGGUAUACUUCCACCUUUCUGUGGCCGUUUUAAUGGUUUUAAUUCUUAACCUGCUGCAUAUUUUGAUAAACUAUUCAAGCUAAAUAAAAGUCAAUGUUUCCUAAAGAAAAAUUAGCCAUUGAAGGAAAAGAUGUCACACGGCUCUCAUGCAGUGUUGUGUGUAGCUCCUAAAGCAGUGCUGUCGUGUCUCUGUAACUUUGCAGAUUCUGGUAUCAAGGAUGACUUGAAUAAAACACUGGUGAACAUACUUGUGUGACUGUGAAGAAGGUGGUCUCUCU